CUAAUUAUUAGCCAAACCAUUCCUGCAUUUUUAAAUAUUAGCCAAUUUUUUUGUAAUGCAUCAAAAUAUUAGCUAUUUUCUGUUAUCGUUCAUAAUUUGUUAACUAUUUUCUUAUUUAAAAUAUUAAAGUUUUGGAAUAUUUGCCUCCAUGUGUCUCUUCCAAGUCAGUAUAAUGUUGCCAAGUUAAUAAUACUAACAAAACUGAUAAUUGGAAGUUAAUAUUUGACUAGUAUUUUUAAAGGGUUGGUUAAUAUUUAUAUAUGCGAAAAAUGUUUUAGUAAUAAUUAGUAUUUAUCCUAAAAAAUCCCUCUAAACUACAGUCCAUCCUUCCCUGUCAAAUAUGAGAGAAACUAUGCUAUUGGUAUAUAUGGAAAUUCUAUUAUUGAUGGAUGGAUUUGCCAAAUUAAAAGACCUUCUAUUCACAUUGAAUUCUUGGAAACAAAUUUUUCAUAAAAUUUGUGAGUUUCGAUUUUGAGCACUUGAACGAUGUAACACUUUGGUUUAUGUGACCAAGUUGUUUGGAGUAAAUUAAAAUAAUAUAUUGGGAAGUGUUCCCGAGACAUGGAGUUUGAUCCAUGAAGAUGAACUUAUGUAAACUGUGUAUUUACAUAAUGUUAAAUAAAGGUUCAUAUUUCCUAGGUGGAGAAAUAUGAACAACCAUAGGUAUGUAAAACCUAUGGGACGAGGCUAGUGGAAACUUGUGAAUCAGGUCUAUCUGGGCCGGAAUGGUUCCAAAUUAAAUGCAAAGAUUAUGUUCAAAGUAAGUUGAACAUAGUACGAAAGAGGAUACCUCCGGAGUUUACAUUUGGUUAAUGCUUGUUUAUCCACAAGCGACAAGGAAUUCUGAUUCCAACGAUGUUGGUCAAGACGUGAUAAUUUGUUUAUCAUGCAGGUGAUUUAGGACUUGAUGUUUCCUAUGCCAUGGGGGCAAGGAAAAUGAAGCUAUGAUUGAUCCUUAUAGGGAUUUAAUAAGCUUGCCAAAUGGUGGUCAUCAUCAAGAUAAGCAUUAGGUCAGAAUUGUUUAUGGUAUAAGUACACUAUACCAUUGGAAAAUAAUUUGACUAUGAUUAUCAACGUGGAGAUAGUUGACAGAACUGUGUAUGGUAUAUAUAGAUAUAUAUCAUUGGAAAAAAAUUUGGCAUGAGAGCUCAAUUGAGAUGAUCUUAUUGAACUUAAAAUCUGGAUUACUUAUGGCAUAUUUAUGAAGUUUAUAACAUUGGAAAGUAAUUAGACAAUUGAAUUAGAAAUUCGUUUGAAUUACUUGUCGUAUAUAAUGUUACAUAAAUGAAAUGUCAUUAGUAAGUAAAUAGAUGGGAUUUCCAUUGCUGGAAUGCAUCUGAAUUACUUAUGACGUCUCAAGUUGCCUUGAUCAAUACCAUUGGUAAGUAAUUAGAUGAUAUUUCAAAUAAAAUCUGAAUUGUUUGUUGUAUGCUAAUCGUGUGAGAUCAUAUCAUUGGUAAACAAUUAGAUACAUAUAGUGGUUGGCAAGUUCAAUAAGUAAAACCAUGGAAAAUAAAUGGGAUUAUUCCAUGAUGUUUGGCAAAGGGUAGAAUUGUGGGGGUGAAGAGCUAGCAAUUAUUUUGGCUACUAUCUCAAGACCCUACAAUGGGACGCAAACCUAUCCAUAAGACAAAAGUGGAAAGGUAAACGAAGUCAUACUUGAAAGUAUGAAGGUGUCCAAUGAGAAAGUGAGAGUCCUUAAACCUUGUGGAGUUAACCCAGUCCAAGGGUAUAAUUUAUGAGUAAACUCUAGCAUAUAUUGACGUUAUGUCAGAGAGCUAGAAUAUUUAUUAAUGUUGAUCCACUCUUCCCAAAGAGAUUAUUUUGACCAUAUACAUGAAUGUAUAUGAACAACAUUCCCCAAACCGGAAACGUUGGUUUCAACAACUAUGGCGAAAUAGUUGAAAUGUGGGGGAUAAAUUGGGGAAAAGGGAUGUGGAAUAUUACUUGGGUGAUUUCAAUUAAACUGAUACUUAGAAGUUUUGCGUAAACCCUAAGCUAAGUCAUAAAUGUCACUACAUUUAAAGAGAAACUUGUGAAGCUCAAGUACUCUAAGGUUAAUGAAGUAGAGAGACUUCAACACCGUUGGCAUGUGUUAUGUUUAUUGCAAUGCAAUAAAAUCAAGGCAAACACACAUGAUGUGUAGUGAAUCGAAAGAGACGAGUCUUUGGUGUAUUAUACCCAAAGGAGCUUACCAGAUGAACCACAAGGUAUAAUCCAUUGAUGGAUGUGGAUUUAUGGUUGAUGGGGAGUAGUACCUUGGAAAACAUCCAAGUUGACUAAAUAUAUACCCACUCUAAGACUGGUUAAGUUUAAUAGUCUAGCCCGCAUAGACUACGUAAUAAACGCACUUGUGCACUAAAUGGUUAUUGCAAGGGCUAGAAGUGUUAUGUGGAAAAAUCUCGUCGUAGAAACAUAACAUUAUUGACUGGUUAUUUCUAGUGAAGUUAUUGGAGAUGAUCAUAUUAGAUCAAAUGAUAACAAACGUGGGGCCCGCUUAGAAAUUAAUUAAAUCAUCAAAGGGAAUAGACGUGGCCUAGGACAAAUCAUCAUGCCAGUAACUCUACCUAAGCAGGAUUGGCAAACCCAACCUCUAGGUUCAAGGAGCAUACAAAGUUGUGAAUGAUGGUUCGCAUUGUCAAAUUAUUCAAUGUCCAUUCUCAAGAUGAGACAAUGUCCAAAGUAAGGGUAAACCUAAAUAUGAAAGGUUUUUAAUGGUUUCUAAGUUUGAUACGUGGUGUGAUCAAAUAGUGUAUUUUCCGAAUACACGUUUAGAAAUCACCUAUGUGAGUGUGAAGUGGAGCCGCUUUAAGGAGAAUAAAAGAAGGCCAGUUCUCUAAGCACUCAUGAGACCAGGCGGUGUUCAUGGCUAAAACGAACACAACAAUGAGAACCAGUGUACGAAUAAGAGUUAGUUGUGUGACAUAUGUUGUCUUAGUAUACAAGUAAAACCGACAGCUCAAAGAUAUCACAUCUACCGAUUGAUGAGUAUACUCGAUAUAUGUUCACUAAGAAAGGUUCAAAGGGACACCUACCUAUUCCGAUGCAACUAAUUCUUAGUCGAGAAUCACAUGAUUUUUCGCAUAGUUUUAAAGUACAACAUUCUCCAUUCAUGUGGGGGAUUGUUGGGUUUUUUAGUGGUGUGAAUGGAAAUGAAAGGGGAAAGUUCCAAGAGAGUCUCUUGAAGUACCAUGUUGGUAAGAUGUGGGAAGGCAUGGCCUCGAAUUCGAUCGAUUUGAUGUAAUAUGUGGUUAAUUGGUUAAAUUGGUUUGUGUAACCAAAUGAGCCAAACCGAGUUGAACCAAUUAGAACCGAACCGAUAUGGCGGUUGGAAUAACCAAGAUACACUUUCAUAUCACGUGGUAUAAUCUUGUAUACUACCAAGUAUUACCAAAUGAUAUGAACUAGUGAUAAAUAUCUCAAUUUUGUUUUCCAAAAUGGACAUCAUUUAAAUUUGAAGAGCACAACUUAUUUGAUUUCUUUGUGAAAAAACUUAAAAUUAUGGCUUAAAAUAAAAGAAAUUAACCCGUUAAUUGGAGAAAAAUUAGUUAUGUUCCACAAAUAGUAAGUUUAGAUUUAUACAUGAUAUUAUGCAUGAUCGAUCAUGCAUAUAAACCUUAUUAUGCAUGCUAUCCGCUUCCCUUUUAUCUGUGUGAAAACUCAAAAGUAGUUAUAGCGAAAAAAAAGAUUCAUUGCUCUAAAGAGCAAAAUAAAUUAAGGAGCCAAAAGUUCAAUUCUUUUGAUAUCCUUUUCUUUUUUGCUCUUGCGUUAGGACUACUCUUAUUACCUUUAAUAAAUUCAUCAUAUUAUAUAUUAGUUAUAUUAAUUCGCAAGUUUUGGUUUAAGGGGUUUGGGCAUAUGCGGGCGGGUCUUCCGCAAGUUUGGUGCGCCCCCAACCCCAUUUCUUUCCCUUUUGUCGUUUGCCUGGCGAUUGGGCAAGUUUCAUCCCUUCCCUCUUGCCCUCCGUCGAAUCCCUGGAGCCGAGAAUCGAACAGCCAACACCAAACCAAACUGGUUCGGAGAUGGAUCGUGUUUCCCCAUCUCCCAGUCGAGAAUCGAAGAGCCAACACCAAACUUCUAAUUGCCGAUGGAUUCCGAUCGAGUUCUCUGACUUCCGUGGCCGCUGGCGAAGUUGGGUUCGGAGAUGGGAAGUUGGGUUCGGAGAUGGAUCGUGUUUCCCCCUCUCCCAGCAAAGUCAACCAGAUCACUAUAUGAAAUUACCUUCAUUCCCUUCGGUCUUACCCCUAUCAAUACCUCCCUCCUACCGAUCCGGUCUCUUCCCCAUUCUUUCCCUUCUUUCCCUUCGGUCUCACCCCUAAGAAAGUGACCACCUUCGUUCUCUCUCUUAUUCGCACCACCGGAUAAGCUCCCAUUUGGUCUGAGGAGCUGCGAUAGAUUGGCGGUAACUCUAUUCAUCCAUCUUUUGGCGGCUAGCCAAGCCAACUCCACCGGUCGACCGUCUUCCACCAGAGUUCUUCCAAUCGAUUCAUCGAAUCCCCAUCAAGAUAUGCAAAGAAGAACGGAGGAAAGCAGCCGUAAGCUUCCUGCAUGUGCUAUUGUUGUCCAAUUUUUUCCUCUUUAGUUUUUUGCUUUGAUUAUGAUGUUGGGUUUUAAGAUGAAAGGUUCCCAAUUGGUGAUUUCUUCUAUGUUAAUAUUGCUGAUGGCCAUCUGAAUGUAUUUUGAACUUUAAAUUCUCAUGGGUUAGGGACAGACUCAAAGAUUUGGAUGAGUCGCAUGUUCUGCUCAGUCACUUGAUCAAUUGACAUUGCUUUCUUUCCUACUAUUUGGAUUCUUAAAAGGUAUUGAAAAUUGAAUGUCCAGGUGGAGAUAGGUUUUAUGAUGUCAUUUAACAUGUUACAUAGUUAUGUGGGUUUCUUUUAAAAUGAUUGAUGGAAUCAUGUUUUAGUUUAUUCGUUGCUUUGGCUUAUGGGGUUCCUUUGGAGCUGAGCUUAAGAGAACUUUUGCAUGCCAAGUCUAAUUAUGAUGAUCACCUUUUUGUUGUGUUUUGAUGUUAAAUUUUGAACUCUUUUCAUUAGUUCGUCCACUAAAAAAUGCCAAGUCUGCUCUUUCAAAUCACAAUUAAACUAAUUUGCAAGUGCAAGCUCCACUACUUAACCUUAAAAAUUAAUAGGUCGGUUAGGAUUUAAGGAUUAAUCUUUAAGACUAACGCUUGAUACGCAACUCGACAAUACGCUUGAUACGUAAUUUGUGAUUCAUGAAUUCUUUAUAUGUGUCUGAUUCCCUAUUCAUAUGUCACAGGAUGAGCAAUUAUCUGAUUCCCUUGGUUUUGGCAUGAUAUAUGAAUUGGAGAUUUGAGUCGAGUGUCCCAAUAGAACACCUAUAGAUGUGUUAUCUCCCUCAACAUCCUCUUUGGCGUUGUACGGGGUAAGAGGUAAUCAUCUAAAUCCCUUUAAAUCAACGGGACAUAUUAUGUAGCUGGUCUGCUACUUGAGUUAUGUAUCAGAUGGGGAAUGGGCAACAAAUGGGGAGUAACUUAAGUGUUUAAGUAGUUUGGGCAAUCAUCAAACAUGCAUAUACUAUGAUAAUUGCCUGUGAAGGGUUGGAUUCCAUGGGACAAAUUAUGUAGCUGGUCUGCUACUUGAGUUAAGUAUCAGAUGGGGAAUGGGCAACAAAUGGGGAGUAACUUAAGUGUUUAAUUAGUUUGGGCAAUCAUCAAACAUGCAUACAAUUAUGUAUUUCAUGAGUUUUUAUGGUUCCAAGCGAAUCUCUUGAUAAUAGGUUAUAUCAUGUACUCUGCUAUUGGAGUCAGUUUAAUGGUUACUGAUGCUAUGCUGCAUCACUGCCAAUGGUUAUUGAUUAUAUCAUCUACUCUAGAAAUGAUUAUCAUGUAUAUACUAGAGGGAGGAGCAUUUCUACUAUGCUAUAUAGUAUUGGUGCUUUAAUGUACAACUUAAAGUUGUACCAUAACAUGAAAUGUAUAAGUUUAGAUUGUACCAUAAAAGAAUUUGUAUCAUUAUGUAAAGGUACAACUUUACAACUUGAAGUUGUACCAUUACAUAAAGGUACAAGUUCAAGUUGUACCAUAAAAGAAUUUGUACAAACAGUAUAGGUAUAAUCUAAAGUUGUACCACAACGUUAAAUGUACAAUUUCAAGUUGUACCAUAAAGGCAAAAACCUAUAGCACCAAUACUAUAUAGCAUUGUAAAAUUCCUCCCAGAGGGAGAUACCUUUGUUCUGUUUGUUUCUCAGAAUAUUGGGGUCAUUUAGUCAACAUCAAUAGAUAAUAUGGUCAUAGCAGAAAAUUAAUAUACUUUGUCAUAUACAGAAAUAUUGACAACGUAAACAAUGGUUUAAUGAUAUAGGAUAGAGUAGUUAAUCUAAGUUUCAUUGGGCAAUUGCUUGCUGUGGAAAUGCAAAUUCAUGGAGAUAAUGUGUUAGUUAGUUUCCUACUGGAAUUGCAUUCCGUUGGAGUGCAAUUUCAUGGAUAAUAAUGUAGAAGUUAGUUUCCUACUCGAAUUGGUCCAUCUGCUGAAGUUCAAGAUGGAAUUCAUAAUCGAUUACUGUUUAGGCAGAAGUUAGUUUCCUACUCGAAUUGGUCCAUCCACUGAAAUUUAAGACCAAUUUUUUGUUAUCGUUAUUACUGUUUAGGAAGAAGUUAGUUUCCUACUUGAAUUGGUCCAUCUCACCUUCCUCAUAAUCCUAUUCAGGCUAAUUAAAAGAUUUUUUUAUAAGUUAUGUCUAGAUUUAAUAAUAGUAAUUUCCACCUCAAAUAUAACAAUUCAUUUAUUCUCCCAAUCAAUUACUAUUUAGGAAAAGUAUGUGUCACCUUACCCCGUAAUCCUAUUAUGAAACACAAAUGAAACACUAUAAAUGCAUCAAAAAGCUGCAACAUCGUAUUCAAUUUUUAGUUUUAAAAUAUUCUUACCAGCCGCUGCAUUGUGUAAUAUUGCUCUAACCGCUUCCUCCAUCUUCUCAACAAUGACCCGCAAAACAGGAUUUGCAACUUCAAAGAAAAUCCUGGAGAUGACAACCGCUGAUAGUCCAAAAGAACUGAUCCAUGAAUUCUCUGAAAGUCCAGAGAAGCUCCUCCACCAACUCACUCUUCAUGACACCAAUGUGUUAAUCAAAGCACGUCUGUUGCAUUCAUGGCGCUCCGUUAGUCCAAAAAUCCCUGAAUACAUUUUCGACUUUGGAACGCUAUGGGCUGAUGAAACGGGCAUGCUUAUACACGGUAUUGGAAACCGAAAUUUUGUUACUGAGUUUGAGAGGAAACUCUCUGUUGGGUCUGUCUACAAAAUCCAAAAAUUCAUUGUCCAGGAAGCUAAACAAUUCUACCGCCCAUGUCGAAAUAACUUAUGCAUCUUUAUCACUCCCAGUACUUCGUUUGAAGAUGUGACUGCUUCUUCUUUUGAUUUCACUUCCAAUAGCUUUGAGUUCUGUGAUUUUGCAUCAUUGGAAGAACGUUCAGGCUCUCGCACACUAUUAACAGAUGUUGUUGGUUGGCUCACUUCCAUCAGUCAAGUUGACCACAUAAGUACUUGCAAUGGAGAAGCCACCUGUCAAAAAUUAGUAAUACAAAACGAGAGAGGUAUCUCCUUAUCUAUUUCUUUAUGGGGAAAGCUAGCCUACAACCUUAGAGCUACGGAAUUGAUCACCGCAGCUGAAACCUCUCCUGUCAUUAUUGCCAUAGGAGGGCUGACUAUAUCAACUUUUCGAGGUGAGGUGGGAGCUUCAAGUACUUCUGCUACGCGCAUAAUUCUGAACCCCCAAACACUUGAAUUCGGAUACUUUAAGCCAUAUCCAAACGAUUUUGGAGACCUUAUAAAAGUUGCUUCUAAUGCCUCGGAUGGCAUCUCUUCAAUCCCCGUGGCUAAUGAGACACCAGAAAAGAAUGCCCAACGUGCUCUGGAAUUGCAGCGGACAGUAAGCGACCUGAUCAACAUACGUGCAAUCGGAGAAUCAGCGAAUAAAGUUUAUAUUUGCAAAGCGACUGUUACUGCUGUGAAAUCACCAAAAAAUUGGGCAUAUCGAGGUUUCACAAAAUGCUAUCGCACGGUGACCGAUUGCGGUGCAAACUAUUGGUGCGAAAAAGACAAUCGAAUACCCGCUUCACAAACAAAGCAAUGGUACCUAACUAGACUGAUUGUGCAAGAUGCCACAGACGAAGCAAUAUUCCUUCUCAUAGGAGAAACUGCUGACAAACUGCUUCGGAGGAAAUGUUCUGAAGUAUAUGAUAGCUUUCCGCAGGGCACUGGUAUAUUGCCGCCGGAUAUUGAAACUCUUUAUGGUCAAACUUUGGAAUUUCACGUGAAAAUUCCAAAUAAAAAUUACAAGGGCGGAGAGGGAGACUUCACAAUAACGAACAUUAUUGGCCUUUACCAACGAUCUGCCAAAACAGCUCACACAAAGCUUCUAACUUUGGAACCUCCAAAAAGAGCACUGGAUUUGAGCACAACUGGAGAAAUGGAAAGCCCUCUACAUACAGAGAAUAAGGUUACUGAAGAAGGAUCAAAUUCAGGGAAGACUGAUGUAGGGGAACAGUCGACAAGAAAAGGGGGCAGAAAAACUACCCAAACUGAACUUGGUGAAGACGCAAACAGCAUGCUUGAUGAAGAAUCUUCCGAUGAUGAAAAAACUUUGUCUGAAUUAAGGCCAAAUGCAAGAGGCCUUUGCACCAAUAAUCUCUCUGAGGAUAUCAACAUGGCUGGGUGUACAAACAUCAUUGACCGUCCAUUGGCACGAGUGAAGAAGGAGAAAAUAACUUCUGCCUCCAGCUCAAAAAGAAAAGCAAGUGCUGUGGAAAUCGUCGCCGAUAAGAAGUCAAGGAAAAAUUUCCAAUCAUCCACGAAGGUUAACAAGGGAAACAACUCUACCAUUACUGACUUUGACAUUGAGCAAGAUUCAAGGAGGAAUGAUGAUUGUUCAAAUAAACAACAGAAGAGAAAACAGGUGAAAUCAGCUCCGAGAAAAGCCACCAACAACAGGCACACUCACGUUGAUGCUGACAAAGUGAUUAUGGUCAAUUCCGAUGACGAGAAAUCAUUUUCUGACAAUGAACAACCUCUGUUGAAACUGCUGGGAAACAAGAAAGCUGCAAAGAAGGACUCAGUAGACACCAAAGUGCGUCCAAAAGACACGAAAUACAGCAUUAACUCACCCUUGGCCAGAGUUAAGAAGGAAAAACUUGAGGUAGCCUCUAAAUCAACAUCGACUACAACAAAUGGCAAUACCUCAUAUGCUGCUGCUGAAGUACUUGGGAAACGCAAGCGCCAACCAUUGAAGAAAUAUGGUGCUUGAGAAGAUCAGUUAGACUAGAAAUACCAUCGUUCAACUUCAACACAUUUACUUUUUGGCCAUCUAAAUUAAGUUACUUUGUUUUCAUCGAGAUCAUUUAGGGUAUGGGUUGGAUGGAUACCUAUUGUUUUAAGGACAAGUAUUUGCAAGAACAUGUUUUAUGUUGUUAUAGCUCAUUCUUAAUUUAGUUCUUAUUGUAAGAACAAGUAUUUGCAAGAACCACUUACUAUUGACGCUAUUACAUUACACAGAAUGGGUUGCACAAACAACCACAUAUCAAGUUAUUUCACUUCAAUAGUAUGCAUUACAUACGAAAUGUCAACACUAAUUAUACCUCUACCAAGAAACCGCCACCAAGAAUCAACCGCCAUCGACUCAUUUCACUUUCAACAACACGUAAAUCAAGUCGACGCCAAUGUACCAUGAUCUAUAUACUUAACCGGUGGACUGGCGUUUAAGAACCGAUCGCAUGUCCUUGCCGUGCCUUUUUUUUACAUAUCUAAUUUCAUCUCUUUAUACCCUCUUUUCUGGCAGAUUCUUUCCCCAUCCCUUCAACCCCUCUGUCGAUCCCCUGGAGGUUGGGCAAGAGAGCUAGCCGGUGAAGACCCAAGCCACUCCGUCUAACCCUCUUCUCUUCCCGCCAGUUUUCUCCUCAUCCCUUAAUCCCCUAUGUAGAUCCCCCGGCAGUUGGGAAAGAGAGCUAGCCGGAGAAGAGCAAAGCCCCUCCGUCGAACCCUCUUCUUUUCCCGUCCCAAUCUCAUUGGUAUACGGAAACAACUUCCAAACCAUUUACUUUAUUCAUCAUAGCAUAUGAUUAUUAUCAUAUUAUUCCCUGAUUUAUUAUCAACGUGAAUAAAUUCAACCCUCAAAA